AGGCCCGUCGGCUUCUGGGGCAAAAUUGUCGGCUCUUUGUGCGUGAUCGCUGGUGUGCUGACAAUCGCACUGCCGGUACCGGUUAUCGUCAGUAAUUUCAAUUACUUCUAUCACCGCGAAACGGAUCAGGAGGAGAUGCAGAGCCAAAAUUUCAACCACGUUACAAGUUGUUCAUAUUUGCCUGGUGCACUAGGUCAACAUUUAAAGAAGUCCUCACUAUCCGAAUCAUCAUCGGAUAUUAUGGAUUUGGAUGAUGGCAUUGAUGCAACCACACCAGGUCUGACUGAUCAUACGGGCGGCGGCCGUCAUAUGGUGCCAUUUCUGAGAACGCAGCAAUCCUUUGAGAAGCAACAAUUGCAAUUGCAAUUGCAGUUGCAACAGCAGCAGCAGCUACAUCAGCCACAGGGACAAGGCCAGAAUGGUUUGAGGAGCACAAAUAGCUUACAAUUAAGACAUAAUAACGCCAUGGCCGUUAGUAUUGAAACCGACGUCUGACUACUAGUCAAACAAAUGGAAAAUGGACGAAAAUUGCGCAGUGAAAUGUUACGUUGGAUGCCAGAAACGUCAUCAAAAGCAGUUUAAAUAUAGAAUUUUAU